GGCCGCGCGCUGCUGCCCGCAAUCGGGAGCGCCAUGGAGACGUGGGUGCGCUUCAGCGCGCAGAGCCAGGCCAAGGAGCGGCUCUUCAGGGCCGCGCAGUACGCGUGCACGUUGGCCGGGGACGCGCUGCGGAGGAACGGGGCGAACCCCGCACUGCUGAGCAGCGUGAAGCAGCUGGAAGCGCACCUCAGCCUGGGCCGAAAGCUGCUGCGCCUGGGCAGCUCGGCCGACGCUCUGGAGGCGGCGAAGAGAGCCAUCCACCUGUCCGACAUGGUGCUGCGCUUCUGCGUCACCCUCAGCCACCUCAACAGGGCCAUGUACUUCGCCUGCGACAACGUCCUGUGGGCGGGGAAGGUGGGGCUGGCGCCCAGCGUGGACCAGGAGAAGUGGGGGCAGAGAUCCUUCAGGUAUUACCUCUUCGCCCUCAUCGUCAACCUGAGCCGCGACGCCUACGAGAUCCGGCUGCUGAUGGAGCGCGAGGCGAGCGGGCGGCGCAGUAAGGGGGCCGAGGAGGGGCAGCGGGGCGACGUGGGGCUGCAGCCGCUGGGGCUGAGGCUGCAGGUGCAGCUGCGGCUUCUGCUGCACGUCCUGCGGGGGAACCCUCCGCUGCUGCUGGACGUGCUGAGGAACGCCUGCGACCUCUUCAUCCCUCUGGACAAGCUGGGGCUGUACCGCAGCGGCCCGGCCUUCGUGGGGCUGUGCGGCCUCACCUCAUCCGUCCUCUCCAUCCUCACCAUCCUCCAUCCGUGGCUCAAACUGAAGCCGUAGCGCUGCCCGGAUGGGGAUGUGGGGCUGAGCCGGGGGUGGUUUUAGGGUUCAGAGGAGCCCUUUGGACGCCUGGACUUCAUUUGAAGGAGGGCUGAGCCGUGCGCUGCGCUGUGGGUCCGGCGCUGCUCCCCGGUUGCAGAGUGGGACCCCCGCGGGACCCCCCGGGAUGAUGGGUGCUGUGGGGAGGAGCGGCGCCGGAGCUGUUGGACCCUCUGUGCACGGAGCCGGGGUCGGUUCCGACCCACAUCUCGGUGGCUGCUGGGGGCUCCGGGCCUCUGCUCUGUGCUUGUGGGGCAGAACGGCUCCGGCGGCGGCACAGCGCCGCUAUGGCGCUCCUAUGGAUGGGUGGGAACGGCCCGAGAGGGGGGAGAUGGG